AUGAAUGGAGAGGCGAGAAUGGACGAGGGUUUGGAUGCGAAUCAGCAGCUCGACGCCAACAGCACUAUGGGGGAUGUGUCCGAGUCGUUCUAUCAUAGAUCGAGCAUCACCGCAUCCACCUCGGGAGACAUCACAUCUUCUUCUGGUGACACCAGCAGCUCUCUUGGUCCAGUACCUCUCAGCGUCACCUCGUGGCUCGAGAAAAUCGCCUCUGACGAAAGCAGACACAUGGCCAAUGUUGUGCAAGGCUGGCAUAAUGUACAAUUAUCGCAGAGCUCUGAAUGGAGACGCUUCAGCAAAAGCCUACUCAUGCUCUUGGAAAGCAUUGACAUCGAGAUGGAUGAUCCCAACGCCCCUCCAUUCAUCAAGUCUUUCCUCCAGGGCCAGAAUACGAUCCAGCAUCUCAAGCAGCGAGUCGAGAUGGGCGCGAAUUGGGAACGCAGACGACACAAGCCACUCGAUGAUCCAGCAGUCGAGGCCCCCUUGCUCGUCAUCCUCAAGGGCUUGCGCAGUCAUACAGGCAUGCGCUUCGAUGCCAGCAAUGACCAUCGACACGCAGAUGCCAUUUCACACUUGGAGCACAGCUUCUUUACUGCAAACUUUGCUGGCACUCGUCAUAUCCGUCUUGCUCAAUAUCUCGCAACUUAUGAAGCAGCUUUCACUGAAGAGCGUCGCCGCGUGGUUGCAAGUUUGCCAGAAGACAUUUUGGAAGAAUCAGGACGGCAUCCAUUGCCUCACUCUCGCUCUCUUGCCAUAUUGCAGAGCAGCGGUACAGGCAAGUCUCGCUUGGUCAACGAAUUGGGAAACCUUGCUCAAGACAUCCCGUCAAGCGACAAAGCUUCGACGGUCCACCUUGUCUUUACCCUUUGCUUUCGCAAGCCCAAUGAGGUCGGAUUUCCCUUAGGCGAUGCCUCUUAUUACGACUGGCUCUGCGAUCCAGAUUUUGGAUCGCGCCUGAUCAAUGAUGGCAUAGCUUGCCGUCUUGUCUUCAAGAUUCGACUCAUUGCGCUGUUAAAUGCCAUCUACGAGCUGUUGUGA